UCUCCUCCGCAAUCAACAAUUUGUUGGGUUGUCAACCCUAGAAAUUGUUCCCAAUCCUUGCAACUUGGGGUUUCCAUUUGCAGGUUUUUUCUUCAAAAACCCUAACCUGAUUACCAGCUGGGGGGGGAUUAAAGAUUAAUUGUGUUUAUUGUCUGUCUGCAUUUCCUUUCUAAUUUUCUCGGCAGAGAAAAAAGGUGGAGAAUUUUGUGAAUGGGGAGCAGAAUGCAGCAGGGGAAGAGAGGAGAAGUUGGGGUUGAUGAUGAAGCAAUGGAGCUGAAGAAGAAGAAGAAGAGUGUUAAUGAUGGGAGAUAUGGGGACGGGGUUGCAUGGCGCAGAGGAGCAAUGUUGGGGAAAGGGAGCUUCGGGUGUGUUUACAUGGCGAGUCUGAAGAAACCCAGAUCAAAAUACGGCUACUUUCCCUCAGUCAUGGCGGUGAAAUCCGCUGAGGUUUCAGUUUCGGCUUCAAUUCAGAAGGAGAGGGAGGUGCUCGCCCAAAUCAAGGGCAAUCCCUAUGUAAUCCGAUGCUUCGGCGAGGAGACCACCACCGGGGAGAAUGGUGAGAUGGUCUACAACUUGCUCCUCGAGUAUGGCUCUGCCGGAACCCUAGCCGACAGGAUCAAGAAAUCAGGGGGGGAGAAAGGAUUGCCUGAAUUGGAGGUGAGGUUUCAUACUAGGUCUUUGCUUAGAGGGUUGAAUCAUAUCCAUCUCACCGGCUAUGUUCAUUGUGAUUUGAAGCCUGAUAACAUAUUCUUAGUUCCUAGCUCUGGAGAGGUGAACAAGGGUAUUGGAUUACGGGCCAAAAUUGGGGAUUUUGGACUCACCAAGAGAGAGAAACAGAGCAAGAAGAGGAGAUUGGAGCCAUAUUGGAGGGGUACCCCUAUGUAUCUCUCCCCUGAGGUUGUUAAGGAUAGUGUUCAAGAAUCCCCUUCUGAUGUAUGGGCUCUUGGGUGUAUCGUGCUCGAGAUGUUAACCGGAAAGCCGCCCUGGGCCGAGGAAGGACAGUUAGAUGUUAAGGAGAUUCUUAGCAAGAUUGAGCAAGGACAAUUGCCUAAAAUUCCCACUCACCUAUCUAAGGUGGCCAUGGAAUUUCUCAAAGGCUGUUUCGUUAAGAACGAUAUGUAUAGAUUGACUGCCGAAAUGCUGUUGAAUCAUUCGUUCGUGCAAGGCCUGGAUGAAGACGAGGAUUGGCGGUUUGAGGAAGUGGAAGAGGUUGAAGAUAUAAAUGUGAUUGAUUCCAUCGUAUUGGUGUCCGACUUUGGUGAUGAAUUCGGGGCUGGAGGCUGGAGUUGUGUAUCUGAAGACGAGGAUUCCAUGUACUAUUGGUCAGAUGAAGACGACAUGGAAGGCAUUGAGGAUUACGAAGAUUCAUCGUGCUAUGAUGAUGAAGAACGAGGAUUGGUAGGCAACGAAAACCCGGGUGAUUUAACCCCCAGUACUGAUACUGGUUUUGAUCUUAGCGAGACAUCCCUGGAAGUCUCAUCCGAGGUUCCAUCUCAUGGUAGACAAACGUAUCCGAUUGAUUAUACAAUUCGUGCAGGAGUUUAGGAGCGUUUAAGGAAUGCAAAUGGUUUGAUCUGCUUUCCAAUGCCUGUUGAGACUUGAGACCAUAUAGUUUAGCGGUUCUCAAUCCUAUGGUGCGAAAACAACCAUGAAGCCGUCAUGCCCCACUACUCCACUCCAUAUCGAAAUUAAAGCGUUUCAAGAAGAAACGCGAAGGAUGAUGAGCAGAAGAUCUGUGCAAUUGUCCAGUCACUCCAAUUAAAGAAAAGCCUGCAAUGAACAGAACAGAUGAAAUCUGGGAUCAAUAGAUGCACGAAUCCCGAAGCGAUUAUCUGAGGCAGAGUUGAUGAAGAAAGCUGAGAGAGAGAGAGAGCAGAAAGAAAUCCAAAUCUGAAGGCAAUGACAAGAAUAUCGGUGGCAUUGCCUGCUGGAGCAAGAAAAGAAUACUGCAUACCAAUCCGCUUGAAGUUACUUACUGCUUGCUGGCAGGGAUUAAAAAAUUUGUUUAUACCUUAUACACUUGAAAUUAAAUACUGUGAAUAAUACGAUUAUUAAUCAAAUAUAAAUAAUCCCUUGAAUAAAAUGAAA